AUGUCGGAAGAGAAAGGAAACGAUCCCAAAAAGGAGGAAAAGAAGGACGACAAAAAAGAAGACAAGAAGGACGAGGAGAAGGAGGAGAAGAAAGAAGAACCAAAAGACGAAAAACAGAAACCAGAGGAGGGCAACAAGGCCAAACUAAAACAAGGCUUUCGCCGCGAAACCGUCCCCUCCCAACGCGAACGACGUCGCCGAAAAUCGCGCAGACGAGAACGCCGGAACGACGACGAAAAGGACCAAACCGCCACAUUGCCCACUCCCGACAGCAAAACUUGA